UCGCUUCUCGCCUCGAUGAGAUUCUGGCGGUCACUGGCGGCAGCCAGGAGACUCGCCCUCCGCCGCCCCGGACUUCCAACACUAUAUUUGCCGAAGCGUCGGUUCCAAUCAUCACUUGCCGUCGAGACCGAGCAUGUCUCCCAGCCUCCUCCUUCUAUUUCCCGAGCGAGAGAACAGGAGCUGAAUGAACCAUUACCACAAUACCGAAGACUCGUUUCGAGCGGUACUCUGCGAGGAGACGACCACCAGACACGGAUCAUUGAGAAAUUACAGACUCUCCACGACCAGCUUACUCACUACACUCCUCCCCAAGUCUCAGAACCUCCCCCGGCCUCACUCUUCUCUCUCUUCCGCCGACAGUCACCCGAAUCGACCGACCCACCAGCUGAUGCCCCACGAGGGCUUUACUUAUAUGGCGAUGUUGGGACGGGAAAGACAAUGCUCAUGGACCUGUUCUACUCCACCCUCCCGCCCAACAUCAAGCGCAAGAGACGAGUGCACUUCCAUGCAUUCAUGAUCGAUGUUCACAAACGGAUCCACGCCGUUAAGUCCACUCGAGGAAACACCGGAGAUCCGAUAUUACCCGUUGCACGGGACUUGGCUAGAGAAGCGUCUGUGUUGUGCUUCGACGAGUUCCAAGUUACUGAUAUUGCGGACGCAAUGAUCCUCCGACGUUUGUUGGAGCAUUUAUUAAACUUUGGGGUUGUCUGUGUGCUGACAUCCAAUCGACAUCCCGAUGACCUUUACAAGAAUGGGAUCCAACGCUCAAGCUUUAUUCCUGCAAUAGAGCUUCUUAAGACGCGUUUCGACGUCACGGACCUCGAUUCGGGGACAGACUACCGUCGAAUGGCGCGCGUGCCGUCAUCCGUGAAACCAUACCACUACCCAUUAUCGCCAGAGACCUCUAAAACGAUGGAAUCCAUCUUCCAAACGCUAGCAAAUGGCGACGAUGUCGUGCACAACCGCAAGCUGCAUGUGUGGGGUCGAUCUCUGGUCGUCCCUGUCUCCACCGCAAGUGUCGCAAAGUUCUCCUUCCAGGAGCUUUGCGGGAACCCACUCAGUGCGGCCGACUAUCUUGAAAUCACGCGCGAGUUUGGCGCCAUCUUCCUGUUAGAUGUGUGGAAGAUCGGGGUCGAUAGAAAAGACCUGGCGCGUAGAUUUAUCACCUUUAUAGACGCUUGUUACGAAAGCAAGACGCGCUUGUUUAUUUCGUCUGCAGUACCCAUAUAUCAGGUAUUCUCUGACGACCCCAGUAAGUCUGGCGGGAUCUCAGACCACAUGCGCGGGGUCAUGGAUGACCUGGGUCUGUCACAUGAUCUGGUUGGGAAGAGCUCGAUGUUCACAGGGGAAGAGGAAAUUUUUGCGUUUGCCCGGGCGUGCUCGCGGCUUGUGCAGAUGGAGAGCAAGGAGUGGGCGGAGACGGCCGGCAUCAGCGCAGAAUCUAAGUAA